GGAUCGAAAUCCUGUUAUAUUUUUUGAACCAAAGAUAUUAUAUCGUGCUGCUGUCGAACAAGUUCCGGUUGAUGAUUACGAAUUGCCUUUAAGUAAAGCAGAGAUCUUAAAAACCGGUAAAGAUGUUACAGUUGUUGGAUAUGGGUCGCAAAUAUAUAUUCUGGAAAAGGCUAUACAAAUGGCCGAGAAAAGUAUACCAGGUUUAUCAUGUGAACUAAUUGAUUUAAGGACAAUUUUGCCAUGGGAUGUUGAAACAGUCGCAGAGUCUGUGAAUAAAACCGGUAGAUUAGUGAUUUCUCAUGAAGCGCCUCAAGCAUCAGGAUUUUCUGCAGAAAUAUCUGCGAGUAUAAUGGAGAGAUGUUUUUUGAGACUAGAGUCGCCAAUUCAAAGAGUCUGUGGAUGGAAUACGCCUUUUCCAUUAAUUUUUGAAAAAUUCUAUCUUCCCGAUGCAAUACGAUGUUAUGAUGCUAUCAAAGAG